AUUGGUUGGCUUUCCUACCGACCAAUCACUUCGCGACGCCCGCCUCCGUUCGCCAUCUUAACUCGGGGCACGCUGGACGCAGUGAAGCCUAUUAGGGACUUCUUGGUUGAGGGCGGAAGUAAGCGCAGCGUGGCGCCUGAAGAUACCGGGCCCGCGUGGGAGCGGUGCUCAACAUGCUCCGUCGGGAGGCUCGCCUGCGCCGCGAGUACCUGUACCGCAAGGCCCGGGAGGACGCGCAGCGAUCGGUUCAGGAGAAAAAGGAGCGAGUCAAGCGUGCGCUUGAAGAAAACCAGCUGAUUCCCACCGAGUUACGCCGGGAGGCUCUAGCCUUACAGGGGUCCCUGGAGUUCGAUGAUGCUGGUGGUGAAGGUGUGACCAGCCAUGUUGACGAUGAGUACCGAUGGGCUGGGGUUGAGGACCCUAAGAUCAUGAUCACCACCUCCCGGGACCCCAGCUCUCGCCUCAAGAUGUUUGCAAAGGAACUGAAGCUAGUGUUCCCUGGUGCCCAGCGCAUGAACCGAGGGCGGCAUGAGGUUGGAGCGCUGGUGCGAGCCUGCAAAGCCAAUGGGGUCACGGACCUGCUGGUGGUCCAUGAGCAUCGAGGCACCCCUGUGGGGCUCAUUGUCAGCCACCUGCCCUUUGGGCCCACUGCCUACUUCACACUGUGCAACGUGGUCAUGCGGCACGAUAUCCCUGACCUGGGCACCAUGUCGGAAGCGAAGCCUCACCUCAUCACUCAUGGCUUUUCCUCUCGGCUGGGCAAGCGGGUGUCUGACAUCCUUCGCUACCUCUUCCCUGUGCCGAAAGAUGACAGCCAUCGGGUCAUCACCUUUGCAAACCAGGAUGACUACAUUUCAUUCCGGCACCAUGUCUACAAGAAGACGGACCACCGCAAUGUGGAGCUGACGGAGGUGGGGCCUCGAUUUGAGCUGAAAUUGUACAUGAUUCGCCUGGGCACACUGGAGCAGGAGGCCACAGCAGAUGUUGAGUGGCGCUGGCACCCAUAUACCAACACUGCCCGCAAGAGGGUCUUCCUGAGCGCUGAGUGAGCUGUGAGCUAAUGGCCAGUCAGGAUGCAGGCUUGGAAUCUGGGGCAGGGACUUGUCACAGACAGAUUCACUAGUACCAAGUGGGGGCUGGAGGGAUCUAAAUAAACCUCUGUUAUCUUGUUAUCCAGCUGCCUCUAACCAGUCACAGUGAGCCUACCUCUGUCAGGCCAAACCUGAAAGAUGAAGGCCACAGCCUGGACUGAAUGACUGUGGAGUGUCCUCAAAACUAGUUUUAUAUGGGGUAUAAACAAUCCCCCUCAGCCUGGGGGUGGUGGGACAGACCCCCACUGAAAAAUGAAUGGUUAUCUUCUUGGUAGUUGGGCCCUGUGAGUACUUUUUUUCCAGUGGUUUAGGGACAGUCUUUGUCACCAGCAGCAAGCCGACACCAUUUGAGUGCCAGCCUAACAUAUCACUUCAACAAGAUUCCUCUGCUAAGUAGGUGCACCCUCCUUCUUUCACAGGAGGCACGGUGACACCCACAGCCUGCCUACUGUACCUAUCUUGUAGAUGGGGCUGUCCAACAGCACACAGGGAGGUACUCAAGAUUCUAAGUCUGUGCCUAGCCUCCCCCAGCUUUCUCUGUACCCACAUCCCUGUACAUCCCGAAGGGUUCUAGGUUUACGUAGCGUGGUUGUCAACACCCUGCACUAGAGUUUACAGAGAGAAUUGGUGGUGAAAUGCACUAUGGAGGCCUCUGAGGAAGCAUGUCAAGACAGGAGAAGAGAGAUAUCUGCAUGCUACCCUGAAAACCGGAUGACAGUGUGAGAUAACAGAAGCCAUCUGGGUGACAUACAAAAAGGAAGCAAGAGUUGAAAGGGAGACAUAGGACCCACUGAGGCCAGUGUUCUGGAAGUUUGGGGUGGGACCACAACUGCAACUCAUGAACCAGAUCCUUCAUCAAGUCCUCUGGGAUCCUGCCAUGGCUAUUUGUAUUUGUUGUUGAAAUUUCAAAACACAAGUAAAAUCA